AUGGAUACUAAAAGACUACACUGGACCAUCAUUGUAUCAUGGCUUACUUUGUUCCAAGGAAACAUGUUACUUGUUAAAGGUCAAUUUAAUUACAAGGAAGCUCUCACAAAAUCUCUUAUCUUCUUAGAGGCACAAAGAUCAGGAAAAUUCCCUCCAAAUAAUAGGGUCCCUUGGCGAGGAGACUCAGCACUCGACGACGGCAAACUCGCCAAUGUGGAUCUAGCAGGGGGAUAUUAUGAUGCUGGGGACAAUGUGAAAUACGGGUUACCAAUGGCUUUUACUGUUACUACAUUAUCAUGGGCAGCAAUAUUUUACAAAAAAGAACUUGAAGCAACAAACGAAAUGGAAAAUAUUCAAGAUGCUAUUAAAUGGGGUACAGAUUAUUUUCUAAAAUGUAGUUCUAGAAGAAACAAAUUAUAUGUUGAGGUAGGAGACCCUGUUGAUGAUCAUAAUUGUUGGGCUCCACCAGAAAAAAUGAAAACAAAAAGAUCUGUUAAAACAAUUGAUUAUGGAACACCUGGUUCUGAGAUUGCUGCUGAAACUUCUGCUGCAAUGGCUGCUUCUUCCAUUGUUUUUAGAUCGAUUGAUCAUAAGUAUGCUCGUCAUCUCCUCAAUAGAGCAAAAUUGCUUUUCGAGUUUGCAAAAUCACAUAAAGGAAGCUAUGAUGGAGAAUGUCCCUUCUACUGCUCGUAUUCAGGAUAUAACGAUGAACUAAUGUGGGCAGCAACAUGGCUAUACAUGGCAACAAAGAAACCAAUAUACAUGAAAUAUAUACAAGAAGAAGCAAUUAGUGCUAGUGUUUCUGAAUUCAGUUGGGACCUUAAAUAUGCUGGAGUUCAAGUUCUUCUAACUCAGUUACAUUUUGAAGGCCAGGAAGGUCUUGAAACAUUCAAAUUACAUGGCGAAAGUUACAUAUGUUCGGUCCAUCCUGAAAGCCCUUACCAUCAGAUUACUUUGUCUCCAGGUGGGUUUAUUCAUAUGAGAGAUGGAGCCAACACACAAUAUGCCACAAGCACAUCUUUCUUGUUCACUGUUUAUAGUGAUUUGCUUGCCAAAUAUAGACAAAAAGUAAAAUGUGGAAGCAAAGAAUUUGACUCGUCCCAUCUUUUUACUUUUGCUAGGAAACAAAUGGAUUACAUAUUGGGAGAAAAUCCGGAAGGAAGAUCAUACAUGGUAGGAUUUGGGAAAAACCCACCUACACAAGCUCACCAUAGAGGUGCUUCAGUGCCAAAUUUGGCACCAGAUGAAGAGAUAAUUUGUCCAAUUAGCUUUGGAAAAUGGUUACAAAGAGAUGCACCGAAUCCACAUGAGUUAACUGGAGCCAUUGUUGGUGGACCUGACAUCAACGACAAGUUCAAUGAUAAACGUACGGAUUCACCUCAGACUGAACCAUGCACAUAUGUUAAUUCUCUUGCUGUUGGAACUCUUGCUAAGCUUGCUUCUUUAGGUUAA